AUGGUGAUCGCUGCCCGGGGGGCUUAUCCCGGAGGCCCUAUUUGGGAGGGCUCCGCGUCCCCGCCCACCUCUCACCGAGGACAUUCUGGAAGGAUGAGGUCCUCCCUGACGCCUUUGGGGCCACCUGUGAGCCGGGACCGCAUCAUCACCAGCUUCCCUAAGUGGUACACCCCUGACGCCUGCCUGCAGCUCAAGGAGCACUUUCACGGGCAGGUCAGCAGCACCUGCCAGAGCAGGAACACGGGGACUGUCGGGCUCAGACUCUCCAAGGUGGUUGUCGUUGGCGAUCUCUACGUGGGCAAGACCAGCCUCAUCCACAGGUUUUGCAAGAAUGUUUUUGACCGUGACUACAAGGCCACCAUUGGGGUAGACUUUGAAAUCGAGCGCUUUGAGAUUGCUGGGAUUCCCUAUAGCCUCCAAAUCUGGGACACAGCAGGGCAGGAGAAGUUCAAGUGCAUUGCAUCUGCCUACUACCGGGGUGCCCAGGUGAUCAUCACAGCCUUUGACCUCACUGAUGUGCAGACUCUGGAGCACACCAGGCAAUGGCUGGAGGAUGCACUAAGGGAGAACGAGCCAGGCUCCUGCUUUGUGUUCCUCGUGGGAACCAAGAAGGACCUUCUGUCAGGGGCUGCAUGUGAGCAGGCAGAAGUGGAGGCUGUGCGCCUGGCCAGCGAGAUGCGGGCGGAGUACUGGUCGGUGUCAGCUAAGACAGGGGAGAAUGUGAAGGCGUUCUUCAGCCGCGUAGCUGCCCUGGCAUUCGAGCAGUCAGUUCUGCAGGACUUGGAGAGGAGGAGCAGUGCCCAGCUCCAGGUCGGCGACGGAGACCUCAUCCGAAUGGAGGAGAGUCCACCCGAGACCCAGGAGAGCAAGACAUCCUCCAGCCUGGGUUGCUGUUAG